UAGGAUUACUCGAUUUAAUAAGUAUGUUCGGUUUUCGUUUGCCGCCGGUCAGUUAAACGAUCAAUACGGGCCCUGUUGAGCACUGUGACUCAUUCAGACCGCCGAGAUCUACGUCACACGGUGAAAACGUCACAGUGCUUGACAUUUGUAACAAAGAGUAGCUUUAAAAUACUACCACAGAUAGCCCUUUCAAGAUACUUGUUAUUCAGAGCGCAAAGCAGAUGAACUAUUUCUAAAACCGAGGAAACGGCCCUAAAUCAGCCCGAAAGACUCGCUCCAUGUAAAGGAAGAACCACUCAAGCAAGAAUAAACGUACCUUGGUGAUUUAAUCAGACUGUCCAAAGUGCUACAUUGAAACCGUGAAACUUGAAAACGUGAAGAAUAGAGAGCAGAUUAAAGUUACCAAUCGUCGAAAAAAAAAAACUGCAUAGUGACAUUAACGAAGAAAGUACGCUGUGAAGUAGUUUGAAUCUCGUUUAAAGCGAAGACAAGAAUUCUCAAACUGAACAACGUUAACUGAAACGGUAAGAUUAGACACACCUGGAAGUUACGCUCAUCUUAGAGAUACAGGCGUAGAUAUCAAAGUUCUUUAUGGAAAACAUUUCGCACUCAGGCAACGACUCAAAUAAUUCAAUUUAUGUUCUAAUCGAGCCUCAAGAAACCUGGUAUUGGACCAUCAAGGCUAUUAUUGCUUUUUUUGCCAUUGUGGGCAAUGGCCUCGUCAUCUAUUUGAUCGUUUCAAAACGUCGCUUGCGUGUCACGAAGAACUGGUUUGUGCUAUCGUUGGCAAUUGCGGACUUUUUUAUCGGCUUGAUUACGACUUCCACUGGAAUCUUUUGUACGUUUGGGCAUCAAUGCGACUGGCGAUUACAAAUUGGAAUUUACAACUUCCUGUUGUACGCCUCUACAUCAAACUUGUGGGCGAUGGCCAUAGACAGAUAUAUCGGGGUUGUAUAUCCAUUGCGUUACAUGUCACUCAUGACAUUCAAGCGAGCCUCUGUGAUGAUAGCCAUAUCUUGGCUUAUCUCCUUUCUUGCCGCAUUUGUGCGUUUGUUUUGGCUCUAUGGUGAGAUAGACAAUACGAUCGAUAAAUACUAUCGCAUGGUCAUCGAUCUUUUAUUCGGUGUUUUCUCGUGCGUGAUGUUGGUGACUGUAUAUGCUCGUAUUUUGUACAUCUGCCGAGAAAAACUUAGACAAUCAAAUACUCAACUGGAUCAAGUUAUUUUCAAUCACUCCUCAAGUGUUCCACAAUGCCUUAAAAAGGCCAGAAAAAAUUCAUCUGCAAAAGUUCUAGGAUCAGUAGUUUUCUUGUUUGUAACUUGUUACAGUCUUAGUAUCUUUGUUUCAUUUUGUUCCAAUUUUGGAGUAUGCCAUCUCAGUCCUCUUGUUAAAACUAUAGCGUUGUUGUUGGUACAUCUUAAUUCUGCAGUGAAUUUUGUUGUGUAUGCGCUUAUGAAGAAAGACAUACGCCAAGAAUUACAACGCUUUUGGAGACCGAUGAGAUGUGAUAGUCCAGCUAGACAUUUUACUGAAUCUCGAGAAGACACCUUGGUCUAGAAAGAAGGACUGUUUUAGUUUAUGACGCAAAUCAGACUCAAAGUACAUGAAAGCAAACCAUUUAGCAUAAAGGUAAAUGAUACAAAGACUGAGGGAAAAGAUCACAAAAAAAAAAAAAAAAAAAAAA